UUAGCAGCGCCGUUGCUUCGCGACGAAGGUUCGAGUCCCCGCUUCGGCCGUAAUGGCGGACGCAGAGUCGGAGACCGAGGGCGGCAGCGAGCGUGGUGGCGACGGCGGCAGUAGCGGCAGGGGCGGCGGCGGGCGGGCUCCCCCCCGCCAGGGCGGCAGCGCGGCACUCGUGGCCCCGCUGGGCCCCGAGCAGUUGUGGCGGGUGCUGGAGCAAGUGACGAGGGCACAGCUGCCGCCGCCGCCGCCGCCGCCGCCGCGGCCACCCUUCGUGGUGCAGGACGCGGCUCAGCGGCUGCGGGAUGCGGCCCAGCAGGCCGCCCUGCAGCGGGCUCCGGGCGCUGAGCCCUCGCGCCUGCCGCGUCUGCUGCCGCCCCAGCAACUGGAAGCCAUUUGUGUCAAGGUGACAUCCGGAGACAGGAAAGGGCAGGAGAAGCCAACCUCCCUGCUGGCCAUCACCCGACCCCAGGCGGCCGGACAGAGCCCGAAGCCUGGGAGCUGGCCUGGCCCAGUGGGGCUCGGGGUACAGCCUGUGGGUCCUCAAGGACCCAUGCCCGCCAAGAGGGUGAAGGCUACCCCUGCCCUGAGCAGCCAGGGCAGCAUGCCGACCCCUGUGACUGCCUCUGACCUGCCUGUGGCAGCACCUGCUGGGUCAGGUUCAGCACAUCCGUCUCUGUCGCCAGCUGGCUCACGAACAGGGCAGACCGAGAAGCUCAGGAAGUCCUCGAGGGUGAAAACACGUUCUGGACGGAUAUCCCGGCCCCCCAAGUACAAGGCCAGAGAUUACAGAUUCAUCAAGACGGAGGACCUGGCAGACGGGCGGCUGUCGGACUCGGAUGACUACUUGGAGCUGAGCUCGGGGGACGAGGAGGAGCAGCGAGACCCUCGGGCGCUAUUCACCGUGGCCAGCUGUGCUCUACGGCCCCGGGCCUUUCGCUGCCAGGCCUGUGACAAGGCGUACAUUGGGCAGGGCGGGCUGGCCCGGCACUGGAGGCUGAACCCAGGCCACAGUGGGCUGCAGCCCAAGGCGUCACCCGAGAGGGGGCAGCUGGAGGCCGGCACUGGGGGCCCGGCCUUGCCAGAGCUGUGCAUACCGGCUGUGCCCCGCCAGGACGGGGCAGAGGCAGCACAAGGCAGCCCACAGUGUGUAGAAGUUGAAGAGGCGAUGGUGCUGGAGCCAGAAAAUGCCAGUCCUGCUUCGGGGAUUCAACCUGGAGACACCGAGGGCCUGGCAGAGUCCAGCGCAGCCGUCGCCCCGCCGAACGCCUACAGGAGCAGAGCCCAGCUCCAGGAGUUGCUCCUGCAGAGUGGCCCAGAGGACUUGAUGGAGCUGGUGCUGCCCCGGCUGGUACAGGUGGUGACUGUAUAUGAGUUUCUCCUGGUGAAGGCCAAGGACAGCAGCUUGGCGCAGCCCAGCUUCCAGGCUGUGUACAAAACGUUUGAAGAGCUGCACGCCAGGGUGAAGGCCCUGUGUCAGGAGCACCUUAGCCGAGUCGGCACGGCUUCUCUGCAGCCCCUGGAAGUCAGAGACCCUCAGGUUGCCGAGUCCCUAGGAAUCCCAGGAUUUCUGAGGAAGACAGAAGCACGCCCAGACCACACUGUAGCCCAAGGCCACAGUCCAGAGAGGGCCGGGCUGAGGCUUGAGGAAGCCGGUGGCUGGCAGAGGUUGCAUGAGGCUGCACAGCAAGCACCCGCAGCACAGAGGCCCAGGCAAGCAGCUCUGCCCAUUGGUGACCCAGAGCGCCCUGCUGCCCUUGGCGGAGGCCAGGAGACUCCUGGGCUGGGUGUGCCCACUACAGGCAAGGGUUUUGCCCCUCCAGCGAUUGGGGCCGCUCCUGCCCUGCCUGAAGGCAGCCAUGGGGUGACAGUUUCCGGUGGGUUCACGAGUGUGUCACAUGCAGGCUGGCAGCUUACGGCAUCCGCUGACUCUGGAGCCAGGCGUGGGUCUGCAGGCCCUGGUGUCCUGUGUGGGGAGAGCCAUGGAACAGGUGCCCCGCUAGGCGAGCCUAAAGAGCAUGUUCCAGAUGCCAAGGCCGCCCAGGGAAGCCUGGGAGCCUACAGCACCCUGUCACCAGCAGGAGAGGCUACAGGUGCAGAGCCAGGGGACCCAGGCGCCAGGCCCAUGGCCCCACUGCCUGAGGAGAUCUCGCCAAUAGACAUUGUGCCAGUGGACUGCACUCGCAGGACUGGCCCAGACAGGUCACCAUUGAGCAUAGGAAGCCAUUCUGGGGACCUGAAGCAGCUCCUCCAUGGGCUGGAGGUACACAUCAGCCUGGGAGACCUGGAAUGUGAGGCUGCUGUUGGGGACUCGGUGGCCUUUGAAAUCAGUAAUGGGUGCCCGGAAGUGCUUUGCCAGGGCCAGGAACAGAUCCUCGUUCAGACUGCCAGCGGGGUCCUCCUGUCCCACUUGGGGACCACCACAUCACAGGAGAACACUGUCCUGGUGACCGGUGCAGGGGGCCCUGGCCUGCACAUCAGGGCCCCAGAAGGCAUCCCUCUGGUAGCAGGGGGCGAGACCCUCACAGUGCAGACCGAGCCCUCGCCAUGACCGUGUUGGAAGCAUGGUCCCACAUCUGUUCUGCCUGGAGUCCAGUGGGCAAUGGGGUUUUCUCCUGUGAACCCCGGUGAUGAGCCUGGUGUUUUCAUAAAGAGUAACAUCUGCA